CGUCCCGGAGGAUAUAAAUACAGGGAGAGGGAACACCGCCAGCAAGCAUCCUCAACUCUCUCAUCCUCUCUGCUGGACACCAGGAGCUUCGACGCCAUGAAAGGUUUGAAGGCCGUCACAUCAACUUAUGUGCUCAGCCUGUUACUGCUGGCAUCAUUUAUCUCGCAGUCGUGGAGCGCACCGAAGGGCUCUUUCCAACGGAGAAACUGGACGCCGCAGGCUAUGCUGUACCUCAAGGGCACUCAGGGACGAAGGUUCAUCUCAGAGGACCGAAAAGAAGGAGAUGUCUAUGACACAUUACACUUAGAGACCCGCAGUCAGAACACAGAGAAGCUCAGCGUGGACCAGGCAGCCACCGUCCUGCUUAACUUCCUGCAGCAGGCCAGAGAGGGAGGUGAGAGCAGCAUCUGCACCAGCUGCCACACAGCAACUACAUCUACACAUGCAGCAGAUGAAAACCCAGAUGAAGUGUAUUUCCAGGAGCUGCCGGUGUGGAAGAGAGAAUACUUCUGACCGUCUUUCAUACAUUUUUAAAGCUGCCAGACAACACUGUCUUUGUUUUCAGUCGAAGGUGUUCAGCUCUGUGAGAAGAAAAACAGCUGUUUUGUAAAUACGAAUUCUCUGACUAUGUUUGAAAUGUAAUGUUUUAAUAAAAAGAGUUUGAAUUCAUAGCA